AUGAUAUUCUCGCAAGCUGUGAUCAUUGAGACCAAUAUCGCUGGACGACGCGUGAAGAGACGGUGUGUGGUCGUGGUUGAAGCCUUGGCGCUCACUUCGGCAAUUACCUCCGGAAAUCAAGACAUGAUAUUUCUUGGCAAAAAGAAAUGCCAACUGGCCCAAGUGGCCAAGACAUCGACCAAGUUGACUGAAGCUUUGGGGCGUUGGGACCACGGACAGGAGUCCUUUCUUGGCCAACCCUCCACAGUUCCUCCACAAUCCUCUAUCCACAUCACGACGCGGGGGGGAACUGACAAGGGAGCAAAAUUUCCAACAAAGAGAUGGAUCACUGGGGGAGAUUGCGGCUUUGUGCGGGGGAAUCUCGACUAA